UCUCCCGUCCCCUACCAUCUCCGUGACUCCCCUCAAAUUCUACCGCAUCGGUUUUCUGCAACACCGCCGUCGAAAUCCUAAUUCUGCUGUUUCGCCUGAUUUGGAAUUGGAUCUUCCCAGAACCGUCUUCCCGCUCGUCUUCUGCUCUGCUGUCUGUCCUCUUCGAUUCUGCAAUCGAGAUGGCCACUCAACCAAUGACGAGUGAGGCAAUCGCUCUAACUCAGAAGAAAAUGGAUAUGGCGCUAGAUGACAUCAUUAAAAUGUCCAAGAGAGCAGCUACCAAGGCCAAAAAAUCAAGAGCUCCUAAUAAAAAUCCUAGAGCUUUCAAUGAUGCGGCUAAAGCAAAAUCCUCAAAGUUGCGGGAUUUUAUGGAUUCAAGAGCCUCCCUCAGACAGGGAGCUCUUGCUCGUAAAAGAUCAAAAUUCCUGGGGAAUCAUUUUCAGUUGGCAACUGAGGCUGCAAGAAAGGUUGCAGCUGCUCCCUUCCGUGGAAAAGCUUUUAAUCGUCCUAGAGGAUCUAACUUGAAUAGAUCAAGAUCAGGGACUCAGGCUGGUCAACGCGCUGCAAAUGGAGGUGUCACUGCUAAGCUGCAGACACAACUGAUGGGAGAAAAUGCGGUCCCAGGCCAGAGGCCAAAAACAUUGGACUCACUGUUUGCUAACCUGAGGGAGCAGAGGGUAAAGGUCUUUUCUCGACAGAACAGUAAUUCAGUUCACCGUAACACGAAGGUUGUUGCUAGGAGAAUGCCACCUUGGUGCCGCGCUCAGUUUAGCCACUAAUUCGUGGCCACAUGGAUAUAACAAGUUGAAGCAGUACGGUUUUCGGGGAAAAUGGAAGGUUCUGAGGCCAUAGCAUGCCAUCUCGCUCGUGACUUCCCAGUCUGCCUGCCAUUUCUGCUGUGCAACUGCUUAAGACACGGAAUUUGAUGUCUACUUUUGCUUCAUUUGUGCUCGCAUUCAGUGUCUAGAUGUCAAACUUCACCUUUCUCGUCGGUGCGAUCUAUCUGAAUUUGUAAAUUCUUAUUUCAGUGGAAUGACGAGCUAAAGCAGGUUUACGAGAUUCCAGCAGAUUCAUGGGAUCAAAUGAUAUGGUUUAGCAAUGGCACUGCUUUUCCUCUUUUCCUGUCA